AUGGACUCUGAAUCCGUCGUCUCACAAGUCCAGCGCAAAAUCGAGCUGCAAGCCCCAGAGGAUCUCUCGUAUCUCAUCGCAAACGUCCGUCGCGCCGCCGCAGAGCGCCUCAAUGAGGCUUUCCCUGUUGUAGAGGGGAAUUAUGGCGAAGAUGAAUUGCGCACGCAGAUAGAGAAGCUUGUCAAUGAAUAUAUCGACAAAACAUUCUCCCUCGCAUCUCCAAACCUCUCUAUAAAUGGCCUCCCUGUAGUCUCAGAUACCUUCCUCUCCGAACCCACCGCCGAGCCAGAACCCGUCUACGAACCCUUCGACACGCGCAAGCGCCGCCGUGUCGCAGACCUGAUCACCCAGGAGGAGAAGCUCCUUGAGGACGUCGCCGCGCUGAAACGCUCCGUGCCCGCCACCGUCGCCGCGAACCAGGCCGAGCAGCUGCGCGACAGCCUCAAGCGCGACGACGACCUGCUCGACGCGCGCAAGAAGCAGGCUGCCGUGGAGGCCGGAGAGGUCGAGCUGGACGUGCAGCCGCUCGAGAGGCAGGACGGCGUGGAGGCCGGCUUCCGCAGGGCCGUGGAAGGGCUCGGCAGGCUGAAACGCGAGAUGCCCUCUGUGGUGGCCAAGAUGGAGAGGGCGCGUGUCGCGGGCGAGUAUGUUGUUACGCAGGGACGAUAA